AUGAUUCACCUUGCUUCGCCUUUGGUCACUUCUCCUCCAGCGACGUCAAGCCUUCCUCAUUACAAAUCGACCAACGAUAAGCUAAUACUUAUAACUGAAUCGUUUCACUCUCAAUUGGGUGUGCAACUCCUCCAUCGCACUGAUGACUACGAAUGUGACUCUUCCACUACACAUGUGAUUGCGUCCCGUCUCACCUCCCUAACCGCUACCUUAAUAGGCUUAUCUAUUCAAUUAGAUUUUUCUUUUCAGUUAGAAAUCGAUUUCGUCCCCUCCCCAGCUCUUCAUCUCUUCACUAAAAUCGCUCUUCAUCUAUCCACUAAAAUCUUCACGUCAAAACCAUUGUGGUGGUUGUGGCGAAAUCAAAAUGCGGGAUUGAACCAUUGUAGCAGAGAGAUCUUGAAACUUUUGAUUAAUACUUCUCAAGUCGUCUCCAAGGUGAAUCAGACCAUCUUCUCAAUUUAUUUGACAUUGAAGAACAGUGCAUUGAAUUUCUUUGUCGUGUCCAAUUUAUCUCGACCAGAUCUCAAGCAGGAGCUUCUUGCAUUAGGAGAGCAGAUUGGGAAUGCUGGAUCAGGGUUAUCAGAGGAUUUUAUUUCAGUUUCUGCACAAUUUGUCAGGUGGUUUGCUUUUCAACAUGAUGAUACGUGUAGCCGCAGAAAAUCAACAAGGGUUGAGUCUAUUGCAGCAGCAGCAGGAGAGGGUCAAGACAGGGGAUCAAAAAGGUGUAGUAGUAGUGAUAAUAUAAAUAUAUUGGUGAGACGUCCUUCAUCAUCAUCAUCAUCAUCUCAUGAAGGGGGGUUAUGUGAGGUGGAAUCAACUUUCAGAGAAAGAGAAACUAGGGAGAACAUGAUGAUUAUGGUAGGUGGUGGUGGGUUUAGGAGGACGUCAUCAUUGAGUGAUGCAUCUGUGGCAUUAAUAAUAAUCAUCUUAUUAGGAAGCCACCCUCACCAGAUCCAGAGGGUGCAGCAGAGGGACAUAAUAGCAAAAUUGGUGGUGGUGGUGGUGGUGGGAAAAAGAAAGGAAAAAAGGGGAGGCAAAUCGACCCAACUCUGCUUGGGUUUAAGGUUACCAGAAACCGUAUUAUGA